CCCCGGUGGCUGACAGCCUCCCCCCCGCAGCGUGGCCCUCAAGUCGGAGAUCAAGCGGCUGAUCUACGUGCACGUGGGGCUGUGGCUGCUGCUGCUGGCGCAGAUGUGCGUGGGGCACCUCAAGCUGCUGCCCCACGACCGGGUGGCCAUGCCGUACCAGUGGGAGUACCCGUACCUGCUCAGCAUCCUGCCCUCCCUCCUGGGCCUCCUCUCCUUCCCCCGCAACAACAUCAGCUACCUGGUGCUGUCCAUGAUCAGCACCGGGCUCUUCUCGGUGGCUCCCCUCAUCUACGGGGCCAUGGAGAUGUUCCCCAUGGCGCAGCAGCUGUACCGGCACGGCAAGGCUUACCGCUUCAUCUUCGGCUUCUCCGCCGUCUCCGUCAUGUACCUGGUGGUGGUGGUGGCCGCCCAGGUGCACGGCUGGCAGCUCUACUACAGCAAGAAGCUGCUGGACUCCUGGUUCACCAGCACGCAGGAGAAGAAGAAGAAGUGAGCGGGGACGAGCGGGCGCCUGCACCGCUCCCUGCCCCGCGGCUGGAGCGUUUCGGGGGCUCCGUGUCUGCCCCCCACCUCCCCCCACACACACAGCCUGGGGGGCCCCACGGGUGGGGGCUCCUCGACCGCCCCCCCGGGACCACCGUAUGUGACCGAGCUACGCUCACAGGCUCACAAUCAGGGCACGGGGGUCCCGGUGCUGGCACGGCCCCCGUGGGCGCGGGUCCUUCCCUUCCCCCCCGCGUGUCCCGGUACGGAAAUAAAGCCCCCCCCCGCCGCCACCCCCCCGCCCUGCCUCGCUGCUUUCCCACGCGUGUCUGCGCCGCGCGGGGGCCGCCGCAGGAAGCGCGGCCGAAAGCAGGUCGCGGCGGCGCGCACCG